CGCGCCGCGGAACGCAGCAAUGACGUCGGCAUUGCGCUACGCCUACAGAGGCUUGGUGGUCCCGGUGUUCACCCCGUUCAAAGCCAACGCUGAAAGGUCCGUAAACGCCUAUCUGAUCCCACGCUACUCCGACUAUCUCAAAUCCAACAACAUCGAUGGCGUUCUCGCCAACGGCACGACGGGCGAGGGCAUGACGAUGUCGGUGAGCGAGCGCAAGGAAGUCGCCGAAGCUUGGGUCGAGGCUGCGCGUCGUAAUGGGCAACACCUGAUAGUGCAAGUCGGCGGUGCGCCGCUCGCCGACGUCAAGGAACUCGCCAGACACGCGCAGAGCCUCGACGUUGACGCUGUUCUGUGCCUGCCCGAGCUCUACUACAGGCCGAGCGACGUCGAGGAGCUCGUCGAUUACGUGAAGCAAGUCAGCGAGGCCGCCCCCAAGGUUCCGCUGCUCUACUAUCACUUCCCUGACAUGUCCAACGUGAGGGUUCACAUGGGCAAGUUUUUGGAAUCGGUGCGCGACAGAAUUCCAAACCUCGUGGGCAUCAAGUUCACCAGUACGAAUCUGGAGGAGGGCUCGCACGCCGUCGACGUGGAGAACAAGCGCUACGUGGUAUUCCUCGGCAGCAACUUGAUCAUCCCAGCGGGCAGCGCUUGCGGUAUCGACUCGUUCAUGCCGAGCAGCACGAAUCUGUUUCCGGAGCUUCUCCGCAGCAUCGUGAGACACAGUUCCGAGGGUGAUUAUGCAACUGCAAAAACAAAACAGCAGAGAGUCGUUUGCGCCUUUCGGAAGCUUUCCCAAUUAGGUCCCGUUUUGUCGGCUAUGAAAGCUGCAAUGUCGCACAUUAGUCCCAUUGCAGUUGGCCCAUCGAGGAAACCUCUGCGCUCGUUUGACACCGAAGAGGAUCAGCGUCGAUUGAUGACGAUAUUAAAGGCUUUGAUUUAAUCUUUUUUUUUUCAUUACCUUCCCUCUAAAACAAAUUAUUUUUCAGUAUUUACCGUAGUUUAUUGAUUUUUUGCAAUUUACUACCCUCACUGUAAGGUCCAUUACGAAAAAUCUUCUCACAUAAUCCGAAACUGGCAGCUAGUUUUCUCAAUAUUAUUGAACCAUUCAAAAUAUACGUAAUGCAAAGUCAUCCGAUUAUCUUUGAAUUUAUCGCGCGACCGGGACGACUUGAAGGUUAUAACGUAUCGUUUCGAAUGCGGCUCCAAGAGCGCACGAUGUAUUCAAAUGCUAUUCGUUCGCCGCUGAACAGCGACAGCCAAUCGUCAGUCUACCAUCAACGUCAGAGGCUUGAUACAGCCUGACUCUAUAGCACGUUCUGUUACUUUAUAGUUGGGAGCAGGCUCUCGGGGAAACAUCAGUGAAAUGACGGUACGCUUUUUUUUCUUUUUAUCUCGCCAAACCUUCAAAGAUAUAGGCGACUUCGCGCAGAACAUAUCCAUCAACACGAGUACAUUAAACUCGGACGAUUGAAAUUGAAACGAUUGGCCGAGUGCUUUUACAGAAUCCUGUAAAGUUUUCAUUCAAGGGCGUUAUCGCAACAGCGUUCGCCCCGUUCGAAGGCCGCAGUGCAGAGCGUUUGAAUUUGUCGGCGAUACCCGAGUACGCGAAAUACUUUGCGGAAAACCACUUCAAGGCUGUUUUGG